GCAGGCACAUACCAUAGUAGAUAAUAGAUAACUCAAGCCAAAUUUCAAUGUUCUAAUCUCGCAGUCUCGUUUACGAGAAAAGGUCUGACCAUCUCGCUUCAGAACCCUUAAAUUCUCACUAAUCCCACAAUAUCCUUGCCUUCAGCCCACAUUCAAAAAUUUCAACAAAUCAAAAACAUACAACAGCGGGUAUUCGCUGAUGGUCACCCACUCAACUACUAAUCCGCCGAUCUGAGACUUAUGUAUGGCAGAGCGGACGGGAUGCCCAGGUUUCCUCAGUCUAUGGUCGUAUGUGACAGCAAAUUCUUUAUCAAACACUAUAUCACAGCUUCAGAGAAAUUUGUCUCGACCACGGAUUUGGAAUUGGUUGAGAAAACCGAGAUGCGUCCGUUACGAGUUAGCUGAAUGUGGGGUCAGACAGGGAUGAAGAUAGCGCCGCCUAGCAGAAUGGAGGUCCUCAAAGGCUCCUUUGAGACUCCACAAGCUCUAUCACGACCGAUCAUCACUUACGUGAACGGCGACGUUUCGUGGCUAGUCUCCUUUCCUCGUCCUGCAUCUGCGAAAAGCACGAAUGGUAAAAUCUAUUACCAUGUAGUUGUAGACCCGUGGUUCGGCCUGCCCUCGGUGUUCAUGAACCCGCUUGUGCUCGAGAUGAGACUGGGUCGAGAUCCAGCGCUCUCAAGUCGCGCAGAACUUGAUGCUGCUAUUGUGGAAAUUGAGCUUGCAGCGGGAAACUCUUUGGUUCCAACAGACUCUGAUCCCGCAGUCGAUGCGAUUUUCAUCAUGGGCUUAGCAGAGCAUUGCCAUAAAGAGAGCUUACUCCAGUUCUCUAUCUCCACGCCCGUUUUUGCAGUACCUGGAUCGGCUAGCAACAUCACUUCGUGGAGCCAUUUCGACACCGUGGUGACGCUUGCCCCCUGUGAUCCCAGCAAAACGCCAUGGGAAGAAGGACAUCCUGGCUCACCAUUGCCGGCAUGGCUGACCAUUUUCUCACCGGCAGUGAAGAACUUUAAUAACUUUGGCCUGGUACUCAUCACCUCUGCCAAUGCUCUCGAAACCGAAAUGAUCCUGAUGGCACCACACGGCAUUUCCAGUGAUGAGCCUUUUAUCAAGGGGCUACUCGCAACGACAGUGAAGAUGCUGGCAUUGGUAGCGCCCCUCAAAAACAGCUACUCGUUCGGGAUCAAGACGGUGUUGGGUGUCGAUGAGGCGCUCAUCCUUACACAAGCCGCGGGAACACGCUACUAUGUGCGCAACGGUGAUUUUGUGAGCUUGAAGUACAAAGGAAUCAUUGGCUGGUCGGUGCGCGAUGAACCUCAUGAUCUACAGUGGGGUAUUGACCAAGUCGGAAAGAAGCCUGGGGCUGAGAAGAUAAUCGAGCCGCCUAUCAUGGUUGAAGUUAGUAACGGAGGGAGUUACGUGCUUAUGUAAAUAUAUAGGUCUUGAAGUGUUGUUCCUUGUUUGUCAAGACAGUUUUCCUAGAACAAAUUAGUGCUGACAAAAUCAUGAGGAGAAGGUCACUGCUGAUUGUCCAACUGUUGCGGUAACGUUUGCCAAUGCAAGCAACUGAUGAGGAACUUCUAAUUGAAUGACUUAACUGUUCGGGAUUGAGGAGUACGACCUCGAUCCAAACAAGA